GUAUUGCUGAAGACCUUAUCUAGUUCAGCCAAUCUUCCAGACCAUGUGCUCCGUGCUUUGAGACUAGGAGGACCUUAGUGUUCUGAAAUGAAGAUGGAGACAGUGGGAAAAGCAGAACUUGUUGAUUCAGUUCCACCAAAGAUUUCUGAAAAGCAAGAAACUGCUCCUGAUGAACAUGGACCUAUAGAACUUGAGAUACAAACUCAGAAAGACAACAUGCGUGCUGCAGCAGACUCAGUGGUGCUUUCUUCAAUGCCUUGCUUACUGAUGGAACUGAGGCGAGACUCUUCAGAGUCUCAGGUGGCAUUUACAGAGAGUGAUAGGCCAAUGGGUGGUCGAGUUUAUGAGAGUGACUCUUCUAAUCACUGCAUGCUUUCCCCUUCCUCCAGCGGGCAUUUGGCUGACUCAGACACGUUGUCUUCUGCAGAAGAGAAUGAGCCCUGUCAAGCUGAAGGUACUGUAGAGGGAGACCUUUCUGCGGUGUCUGGGGCUGCAGUUGGGAGGAAAUCCAGGAGAUGCAGGUCUGAAAGUGAAACUUCAGCAAUGGCUGCCAAGAAAAACCGACAGUCUAGUGAUAAGCAGAAUGGUCGAGCUACCAAGGUAAAAGGUCAUAGAAGUCAAAAGCACAAAGAAAGAAUCCGUCUCUUGAGACAGAAGCGGGAGGCAGCUGCUCGCAAGAAGUACAACCUGCUUCAGGACAGCAGUACCAGCGACAGUGACUUGACGUGUGACUCAAGCACAAGCUCAUCAGAUGAUGAUGAAGAGGUUUCAGGGACCAGCAAGACAAUCACUGCAGAGAUACCAGAUGGACCUCCAGUUAUAGCUCACUAUGAUAUAUCAGACACAAACUCAGAUCCAGAAGUGGUAAAUGUGGACAAUCUGUUGGCAGCUGCAGUAGUUCAAGAGCACAAUAAUUCUUUAGGAAAUCAGGACUCAGGAUCUACCUGGAGAACCAGAGGGCCGCUAGAUGAACUGAGUGCUGAUACAGGUCAUUUGGAUCCAGGCUUCCUUGCAGGUGACAAAAUAUCUUUAAGUAAUGCCCAGAUCAAUAAAGAAAUUAAUAUCGCCUCUUCUGAUAGUGAAGUAGAGAUUGUUGGAGUUCAGGAACAUGCCAGGUAUGUGCAUCCCAGGGGAGGUGUGAUUCAGAGUGUGUCAUCUUGGAAGCGUGGCUCAAGCUCACAAUAUAUUAACACUCAGCAAACACAAUCAUGGACAGCAGUGACUCCCCAACAGAACUGGUCUUCACCCCCAGAAGUAGUAGACCUCACUUUGGAUGAGGAUACAAGACGCAAAUAUCUACUGUAAUGCAGCAUCCCUUUGUUUCUGUCCCCACCCCUUC